UACUAGCGGGAGGGAGGGGGCCUCUGUGGUGUUUGGGUCCAGUCGACUUCACUCACGAAAAUGACAGCGAGGAAGUCUGGCUCACGGCUGGAGACAGAGAUAGAGCGGUGCCGCUCGGAGAGCCAAUGGGACAAGAUACCAGAGUUAGUACGACAGCUCUCGGCCAAACUCAUAUCAAACGAUGACUUAGGUGAGCUGCUGUUGGGAGAAUGCAAGCUCCAGACGUAUUUGAAGGAGAAUCCCAUCAAACAGGGGGCCAGUCCCAGGGGCCCACGGCCCAAACUGGUGGAGGUCAGGAAGCACCUCACUGCUGCUCUGGACAGAGGAAACCUCAAGGCUGAUUACCUCCAGGAAGCCAGCCUGUUGAUGGCCAAAGUCUGCUAUGUGGAGGGAGAAUACAGAGAUGCUUUAGGUCACUACAGCAGGGUGAACCUGGAUGACAUGCAGCUGUCGGGAGCUCCUGUGUAUAGGCUGUCCAUGAUAGCGGAGGCUUAUGCUACUAAAGGCUUGUGUCUGGAGAAGGUCCCAGCUGCCUCUCCUUCCCUGUCCAAUAAGAACACUGGCUCUCCAUUGUCCAAUAGGAGCACGACGGACCGGGAGCAAGAAAUCAUCACCUGCUAUGAAAAGUCUGGAGACAUUGCUUUGCUCUACCUGCAGGAGGCGGAAAAGGCGAUAUCAGCAGGGAUUCAGAACCGCAGCCCAAAGCCUGGCCCAACAGCCCAGGACCAGGAACUGGGCUACUUCCUGGAGACGGGCCUGCAGAGAGCCCACGUCAUCCACUUUAAGAACGGCAACCUGACACAAGGUGUGGGCAGGUUUCGGGAGAUUCUUCGGGCUGUUGAGACCAGAACCACCCAGAACCUACGCAUGACCAUAGCCAGGCAGCUUGCAGAGAUCUUGCUCAGAGGUAUGUGCGAGCAGAGUUACUGGUCUCCUCUGGAAGACCCGCCCACAGUGUCGCCGCUGGACGAUCCUACACGGCAGGGACACACUCACAGCAAAAACUACAGCCUAAACCGACGGUCACGGGUGUACUCUGGAGAGAAUCUGUUUUGCCCUCAGGAGAACACAGAAGAAGCUUUGCUGCUGCUGCUCAUCAGUGAGUCCAUGGCUAACCGUGACGCUGUUCUGAGCAGAAUUCCUGAACACAACAACGAUCGUAUCAUCAGCCUGCAGUCUGCGUCUGUGGUGUACGACCUGCUCACUAUAGCUCUAGGCAGGAGGGGGCAGUAUGAGAUGUUGUCAGAGUGUUUGGAGAGAGCCAUGAAGUUUGCCUUCGAGGAGUUCCACUUGUGGUACCAGCUCGCCUUGUCGCUAAUGGCAGCUGGCAAAUCAGCUCGUGCUGUUAAGGUCCUUAAGGAGUGCAUUCGUCUGAAGCCUGACGACCCCACCAUCCCACUGCUGGCUGUCAAACUGUGUAUUGGACCCCUGCACUGGUUGGAUGAAGGCGAGUGCUUCGCAAAGCUGGUGAUCGACAUGGGAGAGAAGGCGGCUGAAUUCAGAACGAAAGGCUUCUUGGCCAUUGGCCUCGUUUACAGCCUGAAAGCCACCGAUGCAUCGCUGCGAAGCACCCAGGAGGAGUACCAGAGAAAAGCUCUGGGAGCAUUCCAAAGAGCUCAGAGUCUGUCUCCCACCGACCACCUAGCAGCCUUCUACCUGGCCCUGCAGCUUGCUGUGUCCAGACAGAUCCCAGAGGCGCUCGGCUAUGUUCGGCAGGCACUGCAGCUUCAAGGAGAUGACGUCCACUCCCUUCAUCUACUGGCCCUGCUUCUCUCUGCUCAGAAACACUACCACGACGCUCUCAACAUUAUAGAGAUGGCUCUGUCCGAGUACCCCGAGAACUUCAAUCUGCUGUACACCAAGGUGAAGCUGGAGUCCAUGUGUAGAGGACCAGAGGAGGCUCUGCUCACCUGUAAACACAUGCUGCAGAUCUGGAAGAGUUUCUACAACCUCACCAACCCCAGUGAUUCGGGACGUGGCAGCAGUCUGUUGGAUAGAGCCAUAGCAGACAGACGACAGCUCAACGCCAUGACUCUGCCUGACUUCAGUGACCCUGACACUGUCUCAGGUUCUUCCUCUGCUUCCUACUGCGGUUCUGAACCGAUCUCCCCCGUUUCCAUUAUAUCCUCCUUCUCCUCCUCGUUCCCCUCUCCUUCCUCCACCGUCUCCUCUCCUGUCUUCAUCCUCCAACCUCCUCCCCUUCCUCCACCCAAGACCAGGACGCACUCCUUUUGCAACCACGUCACUCUCCGCCAGCUGUCCUCCAAUUGCGGCCUUCAUGACGCUAACACUCUUGGUUUUUCCUCCAUGUUUUCUGUUUGUUCGGUGCACGCUACGUCCAUAGCAGCCAGCCGGGUGGAGCAGGCUCUGUCCGAGGUAGCCUCCUCCCUGCAGAGCAGCGCCCCCAAACAUGGACCCCUGCACCCUUGGAUGACCCUGGCCCAGAUCUGGUUACAUGCAGCUGAGGUGUACAUCGGCAUGUCCAAGCCCGCCGAGGCCACCGCCUGCACACAGGAAGCCUCCAACCUCUUCCCCACGUCCCAUAACGUUCUGUACAUGAGGGGUCAGAUAGCCGAGCUGAGGGGCAACAUAGACGAAGCCAAGCGCUGGUACGAGGAGGCCCUGUCCAUCAACCCGACCCAUGUGAAGACCAUGCAGAGACUGGGUCUGAUUCUCCACCAGCUGCAGCGCUACAGUCUGUCUGAGAAGGUCCUGAGAGAUGCUGUUCAGGUCAACAGCACGGCUCAUGACGUGUGGAACAGUCUGGGCGAGGUGCUGCAGGCUCAGGGAAACUCCGCCGCCGCCACCGAGUGCUUCCUCACGGCCUUGGAGCUGGAGGCCAGCAGCCCCAUCCUGCCCUUCACCAUCAUCCCCAGAGCACUAUGAGACACACGCAGCCUCUCAGUACUGUAGCACAGUGGCACAAAUGAUGGACCUGCAUCCACACACCGCAUGCCUGCAUGCCAACCGCACACACCUGCACAAAGUCGUACUGCCAUACCUGCAGACACACACACACACACACACACACUUUGUAUAUACGUACAAAUAAGCAGAUGCUUCCCUUUGCCCACCCUCCUUUCCCACAAUGCCUUGCCGUGGCUGUGGCACACGGGCGUGUUCUUGGGCGUGCGCGUGUGAGGGUGCGAGUCCGUGUGCCGAUACGUUUCGUGUCAGUCUGCACUUCCUGAGUGCCUGUGUGUGUCCGUGCAUGUGCACCCACGUCCGUGUAUGUGUGCCAACAUGUUUCCACUCAGCCGUGUGUGGUUUCCAGUAUGCUGCGUGCGCUCGUUGUCUAGUCCUGUUCAAAGGUGUAAAUAGGAUUCAGUUCGAUUCACUACUCUGGUGUCACAUUUGAGAGAUUUUGUUUACGUUACUUUGUCCAAAAGUACCGACACACACACACACACAUCUAGAAAAUCUUACAGAAAUGGAAAAUUGUUAUGGGAAAAAAAUAUGUUUAUUGAUGUUUUCUUUGAAUGCCAAAUAUGUUAUUUACUCAGAUGCAUCACGCGCAUUCACUUGUUGCUGUUCAUAUGUAGAGGAUCACCGUUACUGUAUAGCUGGCUGCGGACAGCCAGGUCUUUGAGAAUCCGCUGAGGCGUCGGCAGACGUGACCAGCAGGUCACCGAGGAAUCAAUCAGUCAGUCAGUCUCAAUGCCAAAACACCAGGUGCAUUCACACACAGAAAAUCUCAUCCGUGGGAGGUCGCGUCGAAGCCGCGGGUGUCUUUAAACUGAAGCACAUUUAUUUUCAUAUGCCAACCUUAUAUGCCCCCUCUUUUUUUUAAAUUUUGUUUAACCAUAUUACCCUGAUGUUUGGUCUUUUUCUUAAUAUGUGCAGUAUUUUAACCAGUGGCAGCGGUUGAAAUGAAAGGAACAGACCCUUGAGUCUGAAGUCAGUGCCACCUGUGAAAUGUUUGAGUCCACUUUUAAUCACAAACACGUCUGUUACAUUUACUCAAAGAUCAGAUUUUCUGUCUCUGUAAACGCACCCCGGGUGAUUGUGUUGUCUUUGCGUGCUGUCACAACCAGAUGAAUAUAGUUUUAUUUUUCAUUUGAUUAUAAAUACAAAGAAUUAUCGUUGUAUAUUUGAUUGUUCCAAGUGUACUAUUAUUAUUAUUAUUUUAGAGAGUAAAUUAUAAUUCUAUUUUCUGGAGAGUCACUGAGAUGCUGUCGGGGGAAUGAAAGGAUGAGCUGACGUGAGUCGGGGAGUCCUUUGUGCUGUACAUGAAUGACUGAAAUUAGAAUGAUAAUAAUGACCAAGAUAAUAAAAGUGUCUAAAAAUGAGGAGGGACUCUGGGUUAUUUGUUGCAUUCGAUCCACUGAAAGCAUCCCCCCGGUUUCUCCUCUCAUGCGCUGAGAAAAAUAUUUGCUUUCAGGCUUAGUGUUUCUGUGUGUGUGGUAUUCCCCCCGGGCUGUGACCUCCGGGCCAGCGGUGUGUGUUACUUUCUCGGGUGUGUGUCUGUCAGUGCGCGGGGUGGAUCCUUCUUUGUGUGUGUGUUUUGUAUCAGAGGAUUACAGCGCUGACAGGUUUUGUCCCGGAGUGUCGGGAAGCCACCGAGGACCCCGCUGGACUCUCAGGUGUCACUAACAGUUAAUCUCUCAGAAAGGUCACCGCUCGGGCCCAGAAACAAACGCGGGGCCUUCGCUGCUCUAAGGAUACGACCCCACACUUUCAAGUGUUGAUGCAUUUCAGAGGACGCCGUCGUCCAUUUCUUAUGGCUGCUGAACCUGUGUAAGGUUUUAUUUUGGUCCCUUGGAAGAACAUCUCGGAGAGGGUUUAUCACUAAAGUGUUUCAUAACAGAUACCGAAAACAGGUGUUCAUACACCAAUCAGCCAUAACAUAAUGACCACCUGCCUCAUAUUGUUGCCUUUUGGUGUCACUGACCGUUAGAGACAUGGACUCCACUAGACGUGUGAAGGUGUGCUGUUGUAUCCUGCCCCCACGUAUUAACCUCUGUGCCACAUGCACCCUUGUCAGAGUCUUGUAACACAUGGGCUUUGAGGACAAAAUGUCACGUAGCCCACUCACUGACUGACUUGAGGGGAUGGCAUGAUGUCAGCGUUACUCACUUGACCCAUCGGUGUGAUUUGAAAAAGGAAAACUGUGUUUAUUGGACAGUCACUGUAAUAAUCAAGUCAAUAUAACCAUUCUUUGCAGUGAUUGCAUAUAUGAUAACAUAAUACUAACACACUUUUUAAUUUCCUAACUAGCCUCCUACUGUAACACCCGUCGGGACGACUUCAAAUUCACAAUGUUUGUGCGCCUUGAAAACGCCAGAUGAAAAACUGGAUGGAGGACGUCUAGUCUUUAUGAUGUCAGGGCCAGCACGCGUUCCCUCCAUUCUUCAGGCUCGCAGGUGAAAAGCUGAAAUAUUUAUGUGAGUGCAAAUCUGGAGCCAGGCUGUGUGUGUGUGUGUGAUAAGUCUCAGGAUGGAGAGGGAGAAUCUUGUGCACGUUGGAGUGGCAGUUCACUAAUAGCAAGCAGAGAGCAGCAAGAUGUAUUAAUACAUUCAGACAGUUACAUAACUCCAGCUAAAAAGUGUGAUACAUGGAUACAUCUAACACCUCCUACACUCCAUCUUUCCCCUCUUCCUUCUCAUCAAUCACAAUCAGCACCCCGACGCUAUAUAUCCUACAGAGUAUUGCUUUUAAGUACUUGUAAACGGAUAUUGCUUGUUGAAGCUCACAGCUUCUAAUUACAGAUGAAAUAAGAAAACAUUUCAUGAGAUGCAGCGAAUCCUCCACCAGUCUUCGUUUUCAUCCCUCAUUCAAGUCCCAGGAUUCUAUUAUUGUCUUUCUACCUCUCCGUUACCCCCCACCUCCCCACUGUCUUCCUUUUCUCUCUCCUUCAACUCCCACUGUUUUCGGCUCCCUCCCCUGCAUCCAUCCCGUGCCUGGCUCCGUUGCCUAGCAACACCUCCUCAUCUGCAGACAGACGUUGUCGACAAUGUGGAGAAGUCCUUGCGACGCCCCUCCACAAACGCACAAUAAUUGUAUAAUUGCAUCAGUAAAGAGACGCCGGUGCGCACGUGUCGGCUUGACUUCUAUUUUCAUCAUCCUCUCAGCCUUUGGCGAGCGCCUUCGUUUCUGGUUUUGUCACAGCUGCUUUCUAGAUAAUUAUAUGAACAAGGGAAGAAGAUUGGUUUAAAGAGAUAGUGUUAAAUCUCCCAUACGAUACAAUCACUGAGCUGCUACUACAAGUUCUCAUCUGUGUGAAAGACUGAAAAGUUUCAACCUUUACAGUCUUUUUAUGUUCUUACAUAUUUGGCCACUAGUACCUAAGGUUAAUCCUGUGAUGAUGUGUCUCUCACGUCAGCUUGUUUUCAAAUAAACACACAUGGCGAACUCUUAGUUCAUGGUAUUUUAUUGGAAAAACAAAAUGUAAAGACUAGCAUGUACAACUUGGAAUGCAGAUCAACUGAACUGAACAGAACAGUUGGACUGGGCCGGGCCUCGCCGCACCCACACGCACACACGCAAACUCACACACAAACACAAGAUAGAAAUGCUGCAAAGCACCGACCCUGCCCCCACUAAACUGAAACUACCCCGUGGAACCAUACACAACAGCCUUUGAGGCAAUGGACUGUACCUGAGCGUGCUCCAGUGAAGACUCAGAUUUGACUCUUUCAAGUUCACGGCUGAUUAUUAAAUCUCAAACUCUGCAAACCGACACUCAUACUGGUACAGAGUAUUGGUCUGCUGGGUACCGACACUGCCCCAAAGACUGACUUGUAUAUAAUCCCCUUUGAAGCCCACCCGACCCCUCCAAUAGUGUAGGACACAACAACUGCCCAAGGGGCUGAAAUCUGCCCCACCCAGGCUUCACCCUCAAAAAAGGUAAACACACAAAGGAUAAAGUGAGCAUCCUGACAUGCCGGAAACACAGAAUCUAAAAUGAGCUCUUGUUUAUUCCAUUUUAGUAUUUUCUUAAAAAUAGCUGUCGUUAAGGACUUCAUUUAGGCAAGCAAACUGCGUCAUUUCCGGCGGGUUCACUCCCUCCCAUCCCUCUGUCAACCACCCCUCCCCCCUCCUCUCCGAGGGUCCCAGGCCGACCCGAGGCCCAUCCUCAGCCUUCUGCCACUGGGCUCACCACAGAUACCCAUCUAAAGCUGCAUGCAUGAAGAACAGAAAAAAGAAAACAGGAAGUCAUAGAAGAAAGGCGGUAGGCUGGCCCAAAUAAUCAUCAUGGAGUCAGGCAGAUGGAACCAGGAAGCAGAAGAGCAGCGGCCAAACCGGCCGGCUGCCUCCGAGGCUGCUUGCUAACAAGUCGAGAUCCAAUUGGGCAGCUCAGCGUGGGGGAAGGGGCGGGAGGGGGGAUACAAGCCAGUACAUGCAGAUUCAUUUAGGUUUUUUCUUUUUGUCUUUUACCUUUUUUGAGCUUGUUUAUAUGGACAGAUUUUCAGUUUUCCAACAUUCAGUUUAAGUUGUCUAUACAGAACAGUAUGAUUAAAUGUAGAUUUUUGCAAUAAGAGGUAAGUGA